AUGGCACACUCUGUGGCCUUACCCAAGCUCGCAUUGGCCAAAGAGAUGGCAGAACUCAUAUUGCAACCUAGGGCUCCCACCUUCCGGGCUGGAUCGACAGUGUGGCUCUCCACCAGGGACCUGCCUUUUCAGGUCGACCUCAGGAAACUGGCAUCCGGGUUCAUCGGCCCCUUCGAGAUCCAGAAGGUAUUCAACCCGGCAGUGCCUGAACCCCCUGUGAUCCCUGUUAUUGAACUGAACUUACUGAUCACCUGCCUGCCUUUCCGGGUGUCUGCUGAGAGCAGCAUUGAAGGGUUGUCCAGCUCUGUAAAAUCCACACUCUCUCACCAUGGUGAAGACGUAGUCUGUUUGAUCUCCAUGGAGAUGUCUCCAAACAAAGGUUCUCUCUCUCCAUUGUUGCUAUGGUUAUUGUGGUUGCUAUUCUUCAUGACCAGCAUCAUUCAGACAACAGACUCUGCCCCCACAUCUGAAUCGUCUCUGCUGGUCAAUACCACCUUGUUGUUUGACGGUGGAGCCCCAGGCUACAACCUGCAGAACUGUAGCUGCUCCACACCUGUACAGGAGUGCAAUGAGGCUCUUGCCAACUCACUGUGCAUAUGCCACACUGUCUUGCGCUCUGCUUUGCCCCUUUCUGGGCUCAGAGAUCCUGGACGACUUACCAUCUGGGUGAAGGAUUUCUGGGUCCUGGAGGAGCUGCUGAACAGAAGCAGGGUUGGCCAUUUACAGUUGUCUUUUUGUGGAAUAAAACCAAUGGGAAGACAGUACCUCGCUUUGCUAGGUCUACAGACCCUUAGGAUCCACAGUUCAGCACCAGAAGCACCAUACCCUGAUCAGGAAAUUACUAUUUUCUCUGCAGUGGAGUUAGAGGCACUCUCCUUGGACCUUUCCUCAUUCUUCUUUGUGACCAUACUGGAUGUAGCAGUGCUUAAUGGGUUAUCUAACCUGAAGGCAUACAGUGUUGUAGGACCACAUGCUUACACUUUUUCCCAGCACUUUCCCCAACUGGCCAUUCUCCUUCCUCUGCUAUCCUCUGCUACUCCUGAUGACCUCAGUGAGCAGGAUUCAAAGCCUCUGCAGAGCCUUCUCAUUACUUUUGUCUACUAACAAAAAGAUUCCAUUUAAGUGCAGUUAGGUAGGCAUAAGUGAUACACAGGCGUUGGAAACAAAACAUCUGGAUUAUUUUUUGUAAAGAAAAAGGUGUAUUUCUGUAUACAAUAUCUUUGGAAAGUAUUAUCAAAUGUAUAACUGACUGCUGUGCUGAAGUUCUCUUUUAAGUGUGGCUUUGAACUUUGACUCGAGGGGAAAAAAUCUUCCUCUUACUGAUGGAAUUUCUUCAGGGACACUUACAAUUUCAUGCUACACUUUGGAUGCUGUUUUUUACAUCUCUGAAAGAACCUGCUAAGAUAUUUCUGCUCUUAUAAAUGCACCGCAAUUUCAACUCAAAUGCGUCCUAAUCAGCUGACAUCAUC